CUCAUCUUCUUCGAAGUCGAAAACCAGAACCAGCCAUUAGCGCUGAAGCAUCCAUCCCUUCUUUAUCUUCCUCAGCUUCUUGCGUUAGGGUUAGGGUUUAUUAGCUCUUCUUUCAGAGCUUGAUUUCUGUCUUAAACCUAAACCUAACUUCUUCGUUCGAAUUCAAUCUCUCUCUCUCUCUGUCUCUUUGCCAAAACCCUAUUAUAAAUACCAAGUUAGGCUACUUUGAGGAAUCCUCGUCGACAAUGGCGUCUGCGGCUCAAAUUCACAUUCUCGGCGGUUCUGCGUUUCCAUCCCCUUCGACAAAGUCCGGUGUUGGGAAUGGAAGGCCUUCAAGAACUGUUUUCUUCGGACAGGGAUUAAAUGGCAGCGGCGCUUCGUUUGGGAUUCCACAGUCGGCUUUCCUGAAACUUAAGAGAAAUAGCAGGAGAGAAUAUGCAGUUGGUCCUGUUCGGGUUGUAAGCGAGAAGGUUGUCGGUAUUGACCUUGGGACGACGAACUCAGCAGUGGCGGCGAUGGAAGGUGGGAAGCCGACAAUUGUUACUAAUGCUGAGGGUCAAAGAACGACGCCUUCGGUCGUUGCGUACACGAAGAACGGAGACCGACUUGUAGGGCAGAUUGCGAAGAGGCAGGCGGUUGUGAAUCCGGAGAACACUUUCUUCUCUGUGAAGAGGUUUAUUGGAAGGAAAAUGUCUGAGGUAGAUGAGGAAUCGAAGCAGGUUUCCUAUAGAGUGGUGAGAGAUGAGAACGGUAAUGUCAAGCUUGAGUGCCCAGCCAUCGGCAAACAGUUUGCUGCCGAGGAGAUUUCGGCGCAGGUAUUAAGGAAACUUGUAGAUGAUGCAUCCAAGUUUUUGAAUGAUAAGGUUACCAAGGCUGUAGUUACAGUACCUGCUUACUUCAAUGAUUCGCAAAGGACAGCAACAAAAGAUGCUGGUCGGAUUGCUGGUUUAGAAGUUCUCCGUAUCAUCAAUGAACCCACUGCUGCUUCACUGGCAUAUGGGUUUGAAAAGAAGAACAAUGAAACCAUUCUAGUAUUUGACCUUGGAGGUGGAACAUUUGAUGUAUCAGUUCUUGAAGUUGGAGAUGGAGUGUUUGAGGUGUUGUCUACAUCAGGAGAUACACAUCUGGGUGGAGAUGACUUUGACAAGAGAAUUGUUGAUUGGCUUGCUGAGAACUUCAAGAGAGAUGAAGGCAUAGRUCUUCUGAAGGACAAACAGGCUCUUCAGCGUCUUACUGAGACAGCUGAGAAAGCCAAGAUGGAAGCGAUGAAAGAUGCUAUGGCUGCGCUCAACCAAGAAGUAAUGCAGCUUGGGCAGUCCCUAUACAACCAACCUGGGUCACCUGGUGCUGGGCCUGCACCUGGUGGAGAGGCCGGGCCUUCUUCAGGAUCAGCUGGCAAGACACCUGAUGGUGAUGUGAUUGAUGCGGAUUUCACUGAUAGCAGUUAG